UUCAUAUCUAAUUCUUACACAUAACUAACAUUUCCAUUAUGAAAUCGUGAUUUCUGGUAAACAAAACUUUUAUUUUGCUUACUGGAAUUUCCUAAAAUAGUGCAUAAAGGACAAAUAAUGUUGAACGAAUUAAUAUCGUGGGUUUUAAAUACAUAUCUUGGCAAAUAUUUGGAAGAUUUUAAUCCUCAACAAUUGUCUGUGGCCUUACUAUCAGGCGAGGUAGAAUUAGAAAAUGUCCCCAUACGAAAAGAUGCACUACGUUCAUUUGGUAUACCAGUGCAAGCACAUUCGGGAAACAUUGGCAAGAUAAAGUUGCAAAUACCCGUACGACAAUUUCGCACAGCACCAUGGUGUAUAAUAAUUGAACACAUUUAUGGUGUAUUCGGUCCGAAAGACCUUGAUGAUUGGGAUGAUGAGAGGGAAAAAUUUGCGGAAUAUGAAUACAAAGUCACUGAACUUGAUGCCAAAGAAGCAAAGUGGCGCGUUGAGAAUGGCUACCAAAUUGAUAGUUAUUACUCAAAUUCCUAUACAAGCUGGCUGAAUUAUGGCACAACACUAGCCACCAACAUUUUGGAAAAUUUAGAGUUGAAAAUCAAUGAUGUGCAUAUACGUUAUGAGGACGCAAUCACAGUGGGUGGCGUACAUUUCGCAGCCGGCAUUAAAAUCAACUCACUGACAGUACAAAGUUGUGAUAGUAAUUGGCAGGCACGCUCAAAUGCGCCCAACGAACAAAAUAUUUCAUAUAAAUUAAUUGAAUUGAAAGACUUUUCUUUGUACUGGGAUCGCAUGACUGAGGAGAAUCAAUGUUCUCACUUGCUAUCGAAGGAACUCCUGACACACAUGAAUAAGUUGUGUAACAAAGAAAAACAUAAUUAUAUAUUGCAUCCAAUAAGCGCACAGGCGCAUUUCAAGCGCGAUUGUUGUAAACAGGCUUUACGUUCUAAAUCGAAACCUCGCUUAAAUUGCGAAUUUCAAGUGCAGCAAGUUAAAGUGGCACUUAGCGAUCUUCAAUAUAAACAAAUAGUCGAUUGUGUAUAUGGGCUACGUCAGAACAACCGCACACGGACUUUCAAACUUAUGCGUCCAUCUUGCAGCGUAUUCGAAGAUCCCAAACUUUGGUGGAAAUAUGCUGCCAAAUGUCAUGGGUUUGUAUAUCAAAGUACUGAAAAUAAAUGGACAAAAUUGAGUGAAAAUCUACGAUAUAUACGAGUUUAUAAACGUCUACUCAUAAAUCCUAAUGAUAUUCUUACUCCAGAAGAAAAAGAUUUCAAAAUUCAUAUGGAAAAAUCAAGGGAACUACGCGAACUACAUAUUUUACGUAAUGUUUGCCGCACAAAUGUAUUUACAAACGAUUUGAACUUAAAAUCAAACUCUAUUAAUCACGGUAAAAGCAUGCUAUUCCAUUGGUUUCCCAAUUGGUGGGGCUGGUAUGGUAAUACAGACAACAUAGUUGUAACUGCGCAAGAUGAUGCAUAUAAAAAUAUUGAAAAUGAUAUACUCAACGCCUUAGAAGAUACAAUGGAAAAUGAUCCGUUUUCAAAACGGGAUGCGAUUUUCGGUUAUUUUAGUUUUAUAUUAGUUGAUGGUCAGUUACUGGUUAGCACAGAAGAUGUAAUUACUGGACAGACAACGGUAAAUUUCGAAAUGGAUUUUCAAAAUCUUAUUUCCUUUAUUGAAAUGAAACCAAAGUUUACCGCCUAUGCAAUAGGCGUGUCACUGGGUUCAGUAUGUCUCAAAGAUAAACUGACGAAAAAUACUGAAUUUCCCUUUUUGGUGAAACCACAAUUCGAGGAACCAGCAACAAAGCCCUCACCGCCAAGCACAGGUUACCAAUUGGUGGAUUUCAAGCGCUUCUUUACCAAAGAACAACAUGUAGACUCUACGCCAGAGCCAUGGUUUCAAUUGCGUUAUGAAAAGGGUCCGCCGGACAUUCAAUCGGACAUACGUUUGGUCAUAAAAUCGCGUAGUUUGGAUAUUGUGUACAAUAAACAAGUCUUAGAAUGCUUAAAAUCCUUCUUUGUGAGGCCAGUAAACGAAGUGUAUUUAAAGUAUAAAGUUGGGAAGACUGGCCGUAAUAGGCUAAAGUUUCUGCAGAAUUGGCAACAGUAUUUAGUAGGUAAUAAGGAUUUUCGUACAACCUGGUCUCUUGAAAUCGACAUAUCUGCGCCACGCAUAAUUUUUGUUGAUAACCACUUGGAUAAAAACACAGGCGUAGUACUUGUGGACUUUGGUCGCUUUCAAAUGUUGAAAAAUGAAUGUCAGAAAAAAGAUUCGCUUGUUGGUCGUGACAGCACAGCUGUCAGUGAGACUACCUCAAAGUUGGAUAAAGAGCGGGAGAGUGAAGAUGAAGACUUUAUGACACCUUGUUCAACACCACCAGGCUCAGAAAUCAGUUUGAUUGAAUCACCCACUUUGCAGCAAAACUCUGUACCUAUAGUGAACAGCGACACUGGUCUGGAAAGUGCCUUUCAUAAAAAAAUUUACGAUAAAUACUUUAUAAAUCUUACCGAUAUGCAAGUGAUUGUUUGCAAAAAUCGUGAACGUGCUCACGCCUGUACGAAACACUCUUCAAAUUAUCAUUUAUUGGAAAAAUUUAGUAUCUCUUUAGAGCUGGAACAUCGUGUUAUAUAUACAACAGAUCCAGAUUAUCCAUCACUUACACUCUAUGGCACCCUACCGAAGAUAGUGGCCCAUGUUAAUGAGCAAAAAUUGAAUGAAUUUUUCAAAAUACUCUAUCCCAUAAUAACUGAUCCCUUUGAGUUUAACGAUCUGAAAAGUCCUAAUGGAAAUGAUAGCCCAAAUGGCGAUGGUAUUAGCACCCAUGAAAGUUGUGGAGAGCAAAAUAGUAAUAUCAAUGGAAUAAAUGGAACAAAUAAUGGCUUUGAUGAUGGUUAUGCCACAGAAAUGCCAACAAAUUUCUUAAAUACCAAUUUGAUGAUAAUACAAUUCGUUAUUGGCCAAAUGACGCUGGAAGUGCAAUCGUUGGAACGCAGCAUAGCAGAGUUACAAGUGGUAGGUGUACGUGCGGGCAUUACAAAAUGUUCAGAGGACACACAUAUAAGCAUGUCAGUGCAUGGCUUGCUAUUGGUCGAUGCUAUACAGUCCUUUGGGCCCGAUUUUGAAUUGCUAGUGGCUAGUCAUCGACAUGUGGGCAUGGAUAGCAUUUCGGGUAGCUUAAAACAAAGUAAACCAUGUUCGCCAACGUCGCCGGCUUCACCAGAUCCUAUGUUGGGCGCUGAACGUUGUACCAGUCCGCAUACAAUAAACAGAGCGAUUAGUGCUUUGCAAAGUGGUCGCAAAUUUUUUGACUUGGAUUAUGAUGAAUCUCAAUCGCUCAUAAAUAUCGAUUUAAAUUUGAUUGAUGGAACUGACCAAAGUGAUUCACUCCAAAUAGCCAACAUUGCAUUCAACAAUUUGGAUAUUAUUGCCAAUCAAGAAACUAUCGUUGAACUUUUGGGUUUCGCAAAACGUUUACACAGCACACACAAAACGAUAUUUCAACGAAAUCAAAUCUAUACAGCCGAAUCGUACAUAAACAAUAAUAACAAGCGCCCUACCAACGCUUCAACCAAAUUACGUACGGAAAUCGGGUUUGAUUUUCAUCGACUGAAUAUAUUAGUGCUACGCAGUAUAAAUAAAGGUGAUUUUUCUGUUGGGCGUAAAGUCGGCACAUUAACAAUGAGCGAAGCUAAAAUUCAAGCAACAUUCGGUGAAGAUAUUAGCGUAAUGGGCUCUUUGGGUGGUGUACAAAUAAUUGAUAUUACACCGGAAGGCAUUAAUCAUCAACGUAUAUUCUCUGUUGGCAAGGAUCCACUCACUAAUGAUUCGACAGAUUUCUACAAACAUGACUUGCUCAAUACACUAACUAGUGAAUUGUACAAUGAUGGCUAUGCUGACACACAAUUAAAUGCAUUGUCCUUUCAAAUAUAUUGCCAACAGGAUUCAACACCAAAUUUAAAAAUUCGUAUGGCUUCUGUGUGGUAUGUGCACUGUCCAAGAUUUAUACAGGAAAUUAACAUGUGCAUAUCACAAUUCAAACAUUAUCUAAAAAAUUUUGCCACCUCUAUUCGCAAUAAAGCCAGUGAUAUGGCAAAGGAGCUUGUGCAACACAUACAGAAGACUAGUGAAACAGAGACCGAAAAACUGCGUACAGCUGGACAAAUAUGUAUCGAUAUAGUAUUAAAUACACCAGUUUUGGUUUUACCACGUUCCGGCGACAGCUUAGAUGUACUUGUUGCAAAUCUGGGUAAAAUAACAGCUUAUAACACCCAUGAAGAAAAUGAGAUUUCGAUAUCAAAAUCAACGGAAAACUUAAAUAUGUGGGCCAAAGAUAAUUAUUUCUUAGAUAUAAGAAAUAUAAAUUUAUUUUCAUUAAACACAUCAAAACGAAAGGAAUUGGGUCUUUGCGCUUUGCCAAAGGUAAGCGAAUUGUACGCUUGCAACACCGACGCUGUGCCGAUAUUACACGACACUGCAAUGCUUUUUAAAUUAACCAAAUAUGUGACGAAAAACAAAAAGGACAAUCAGUGGACGCUGCACAAUAAGACAAACGUCGAAGGCAGCAUUACACAGUGCUUACAAGUUUCGCUGUCGCGUGGUCAAUAUGAGCAAGUGCUCGAUACCUUGAACUCAUAUUCCAAAUGGAAAGGCAAUGGCAAUUCUGCCGAAAAUGCUGUUGCAUCCGUGGAUCAAGUGGACAGUGUACCGAAAGAUAAAAUUAACGAGUCGUUUGAUUUUGAGGAAACAUUUGAAACAAAUCUAACAUUUUCCGUGCCCAUAUUUCAAAUUCAUUUGAAAAAUAAACUUAAUAACGCACUUAUCGAUGUAACUUUUCGUGAUUUUGGCUUUCAGUACAAUCAACAACAAGAUGUUACCAAUUUAGAAGUGUUGCUGCGCUCAAUCCUCAUGGAGGAUCUAAAGUGUACAAUGGACUCCCGUUUUCGUAAUAUGGUGGAUUCAACGUCAGCGGAAAAAGAAAUAAUCUACAAGACUGAAAAAUGUUUGUCGUGUCCAAACCUCACCACCAUACAUUUGCAACAAAAUGAGCUAUCUCACUCCAUGCCUUGCAAAUUGAACUAUCCAACGUUUGUAACAGCAGCACAAACACCUGUAAAGAAAGCUAUUAGCUGCAGUAAUGCAACGAGAAAUACUGACGAUAAAUUGGUAAUCUACAAGUCUCAAACUCAAACUGUAAUGGGCUUUGAUGGAAAACCCGUUAGCCAGACUAAGAGCUCAAUCGAUUUCAAUUGUUUGAAUUUAACUGUAUCUGUGUGUAGAUGGUUUACGAUUUUCGAUUUCUUCGGUUUGGUCUCAAGUUACGAAAAGAAAACUGCGGUGCCAAUUAAGAGUGAGCUGAACGAAGAGGAACCCUUAUCCUUAGGGGAACUGAAGGUAUCUGUGCGUUCACUGAAUUUAAUAUUGGUGCGAAAUGAAGUUGAAUUUUCCAAAGCCAACAUAUCACAUGCACAUUUUAAAAUCGCAAGCAAUAAAGAUGUGAAAUCGGUUGAAGGACGCCUCAAAUCAAUUUCACUGUAUGAUCUUACGCAUUUUGGCGAUUUGUAUCGUGAGAAAUUCUCAACGGCUGGACCGGAGGCAUUGAGUUUCUCAUAUAAAAAACUUAGUACAGUAGCAAAAAUCAAUGAGCGUUCGCUGGAAAUGAAUGCGAAAUUGCGCAUACAAAUGUCAUCAGUGCGGUAUAUACAUACAAAAAGAUUCAUCAUGGAGAUUCAUUUAUUCAUAAAAGACUUACUAGAAGUACAAUCGCCUGUUAUAAGACGUAUAAAAAUGUCCGAAAGCCAAGCAGAUAUCAACUCCACUCCCACAAAAAUUGGCUUACGCUUACACGCUGCGUCACCGAUAGUUUUGCUGCCACUCAGCUACAACAGCACACAAGUUAUAGUCGCCGAUCUCGGUGAAUUUACGCUAAAAAACUCUUUCCACUUUGCCAGUGAUGAGGAUGUAGUUGUUAGUAAGCGGCAAGAUGAAAAGGGAUUGGAUGAAAUACUCGAUGUAAUGCAUAUCGAUUUGGUCAAUAUGAAUUUAUUCUCCGGCGAACGAAUGUGGAAGACAAAUAAAACACUGAAUUAUAAUCCAAACGAAUGUGUUAAUAUCGGAAAUUUCACCAUACUGAAGCUGGGUAAUAAUCUCUUCAAGGAAACGUGUCACCUUAAACUGCAAGUGGAACGUAAUAUCGACACGGCUGUGAGUCACAAUUGUUCCGAUAUCACAGUGAAAGGUGUGCUCUCCAAAUUGAAUGGUAUUGUUAAUCUACAACAAUACAAAUUAUUACGCGGCUUCCUCAGUUAUAAUUUGGGGGAAAUGAUUGAUGAUGUAUAUCUUAAUUAUACGAAAAACUUCUCCGAAUCGGCGGAUAGAUUAAACUCAAACAGCGAUUCUUACACUUCGACAGAUGCGCUGGACGUGUCCACAUGGAAUACAAUGUCCAUAAAUUUACAACUAGAAAAUGUUUCCGUGUCAUUAGUCGAGCAGCAAAGUUACGACAACGAAAUUAAACCUUUAGCUUGUAUAAAUUUCAUAAAAUCAUUUUUGCAAAUCGACACUUUCAGUGAUGGUUCCCAAGACAUUGAUUUGGUGUCGAGUGAAGUGCUUGUCCUCGAUUCGCGCCCGGCACAUCUAUCGAACAACGUUUUCCGCCACAUAUUGAAACCCAAACGGGACAACGUUUCGAAAAAUGUCGUACAAGCAGAGAUACACAGUCGCAAGCGUAACAAUUCUUCAAAGUAUACAAUUUUAUUGAAUAAUAUGCGUAUUAUGGCCAUACUCGACUGUUUGGAGAGUAUUAAAAAGUUUCUGGAAGAGGAGCCAACAAUAUCGGCAUCUGUUACGCCCUCAUGGCGCAAUAAAGUUGUGAAACAAGCCUCAAUCACACACGAAGUGGAGAUGAGAACAGAUUCUGAAAUUAUUUUAAACAUUACGGACUCUGAAUUGAUUUUCGUUGAGAAUGUCGCUUUGGCCGAUACAAAUGCAAUCAUAUUGAAAAAUACAACCGUACUGCAAUACAGGCCUAACAAUCACAUUUGUCCAGUUUCGAUUGACGUCAACCAUUUGGAGGUGUUCUCUUGCAUUUUGGGCGCUGAAGAACAGACAGCGCUUUCAAUCAUCGAUCCCUUCUCUCUUAAUAUGGAGUUGAAGAACAACUGUUUCCACGUCAUCAUACACAAACAACUCUCCAUUCGACUUUCAUAUAAUGAUGUAAAAUUGUUUUCGAAAAUGCUACAAUCCAUACCCAAUCAGGCGAAGACAUCACAAAAGCUUAACCGCAGUAAUUACAACAAUUAUGAGGCAAUAGCACCGUUAGUUAAAAUGGGUUUCAAAACGAAAGAUUGUUGGGAGGCUAUGGACGUUAGUAAUAAUAAUCUAAAUGACGCCGCCAAUUGGCUACUACAGCAGAAGCAUGUAAAAACCGACAAAGUGUACCUGGAAUUGCAUGAUCUGCUCAUAAGCGCCAGCUGCAUAUCGAUAUGUGUCAUUGACGAUUGUAUGGACGCAGAUGUGCCAUUGCUGGAGAUCGCACUGUCGCAAUUAACGCUGGCACAACGUCUGGAAAACGCCAAAUCUCCAGUGGAAGUAGGCUUCAGCACACCUUUGUAUCAAGAGGGUAGGCUGGAGACCAUAUUUGCUAGUGAUUAUUACAAUCGCCGCUUAAGUGGCUGGGAGCCAGUUAUUGAGCCGUGGGAGUGUUCGGCACAUUGGCAAUUUUCGAAGGCUAACGUGAUGAUACCACGCAUGCUGGUGAUGCAAGUUAGCAGCAAACAAUUGCUCAAAAUGAAUAUCACCUCAACGCUGAUUGAGCUCUGCGAUAUUGUGCGUAACAAUUGGAUCAAAGAUUAUUAUGGCCAAAAUAGUAGCGCUGAUUCGCUGACGGGCUUUCGCCGUCGUUCGCCAUUUGUGCCGUUCGCUUUGAAAAAUCUCACCGGCGAACCGUUGCUCUUUAAAACGCUCUACUCAUCGCCGGGUGGCAUUACACGCACCGAAGUAAAUCAAACGGAUAUCAUGUGGAACUGGUUGCCGGUGGAGCCCAACGAAAUACUACCAUUCGACUUUGGUCCACAGACCAAGUUGAGGCAUAUGAACUCGCACAAAUUGAAUACACAUCAGAUAUUGGUACAAAUUCAAGGCUGGACCUUGAUCGGACCAAUUUCCAUCGACAAAGUCGGUGUGUUUUUCCGCUAUUCCACAUUAGAUAUGCAAUAUAAGAGACGCACCCGCAUCGUUUUCGACAUUUCGAUGUUCGGCUCAGCGCAGAAAAUGAUAACAAUACGUUCGGCACUAACGGUUGUGAAUCAUUUAAAUGAAAGAGUUUUGCUCAAAAUGGAGGUUAAACAUGAGGAUGUAGUCGCCUUAUCGGUACUAGAAUCGAAUGAGCAAUUGAGCGUGCCGCUGCGUUUGGUAGAUUCUUUGAUUUAUUUUCGCCCAUACACGCCGGUAAAGACGCCAGAUAAAUUGGUGGCGGACGCAACCGAAGGCAAAACUCUCUUUGUGAGUAAAAGUUACAUUUUGCACAGUAACCAUUGUAAUGAAUUGGAGUUUAGCACUUGUGGCAUAUUGUGGAGCACCUGUGCCAAAGAUUCAGUGGAUGAACUCUUCUCUUGCUAUGGCAAAAAUAAUGCCGUCUUCUACACACUCGUCGAAAUACGUAAAGUCAAGUAUCCGAAUCGAGAUGUAAACACACCGGGUCAUACGAUUACACUCUUGCCACCGUUAAAAUUGAAAAAUAUGCUCUCAUGUGAUUUGCUCUUCAAAAUUUCUGGCCACAUACAGGGUCGAAUAAAUGCCUCGGAAGUUGUAAAUAUACACACCAUCAAUGCCUGUGAUUCCUUUGUACUCAGCAUCACAUUGGACAACUACAAGCUUUCGGGACAGCUGAAAAUACCAAUGGGCCACACUGGAAUUGUGGAGCCAAAAUUGAAAUUAAUUGAUAUCUUAAAUCGUGAGCUAUACCUGCGUGUUUCCAUACAAUCAUUUCAGGGUAAAGGCAUGGAGAUUUUCAUUAGCGCGCCAAUUUGGAUUAUCAAUCGUACUGGUCUGCCGCUGGUAUAUAGACAAGAGGGCACGAAUCGUUUGGGUUCGGGUCAGUUUGAUGAGCACGAACAGGCGCGCAUUGUGUCGCCGUUGCUCUUCUCCUUCUCCGACCAAGAAGGCUCACCGUCGUUGGAGAUACGUUUGGGCAGCAGUUAUGGAAAUAAUAAUCCGUGGUGCAAGAGCUUUAAUAUACACAAGGAAACCUUCCAACGCCAGUUGCGUGCUGAGCGGUACAAAGGCUGCUAUGCCAUUGGCAUAAAUAUACGUAGAGGGCGUGGCUUAUACUCAUGGACCACAUUCAUCAUUUUAUCACCACGUUAUCAGCUAUAUAAUAAGUCAACGAGAAAAUUGGAGUUCUCACAGAAAUGUGACAUCAAAAAGCCAGACUCUGCAAAUGCUGAGCAUAUAAUAUCCGCACUGCCCGGUUGUAAUUUUCCCUUUCAUUGGCCAAACUACGAACAGGAACCGUUGCUAUGUGUACGUAUAAGCAAUGUGCGCUUUUGUCAUUGGUCCCACGGCAUACCCAUUAACGAAGUACAUUCCAUAUAUAUAAACGUGCGUAAUGAUUUGGGUGAAAUGUUUUUCCUGCGACUGGAAGUGAUUUCCAAGGGUGCAACAUAUUUCUUUCUAUUCAGCGACGCACACACUCUACCACCACCUAUACGCAUUGAUAACUAUUCAGAAAUCAUGAUACACUUCUAUCAAUAUGCCUGUAAACCACAUUGGCGUUCAACUGUACGUCCACAAUCUUCACUUGCCUACGCUUUGGAUGAUCCGCUUGGUGCACAUAUGCUACAAAUUGAAGCGCCAGGUGGCAAUACAAUUGACUUUCCGCUGAAUAAAAUGGAAAACUCCAGUAGCAUAACAUAUGCCAACUUCAUUUAUAUAGCCUUUAAGGAAACAUUUAAUUAUACGGAAAGUGAAAUGUCGCAAUUGGGUAUUGAGGGUCAGCAGCUUGUAUUGGCUGUACGCGAUAAAAAAGUCAUUGUGGCGCACAAGUGUACCGGUGAUCGUUCGCAAUUGUGGUUGAUGAACUCCUACGGUCAGUUGGAGCACGAAGGCUCUUCGCCACCAACGGAGUUUGGCAGAUAUAGUGAAUCAAGUAGUUAUCGCAUGGUUUUGGAUGUGGAGAAGGCGCUUGAUCCGAAUAAUUAUACAAAUUUAGUGAUCAGACCGCCAAAUAAACAACGAGUAACAACACAACGUUGGCGUUUUGAGAAUGGACGGUUAAUGUGUCACACGAAUAUGUGUGUCCAGGUACGUGAUGGCGUUUUUGGUCUACGUCCUGGCUCUGAAGUAGUACUCGGUUGUAUAAAGCCAAGUUCACGUUUAGCCAGAAGUGAUGAUGUUCCAUUCGAGCAAAGUAUUGAAAUUCAGAAACUACGUCCUGGCUCUGGCCAUUUAGAGAUUUGCAGUAAAAUGGAUGGUCCAAUAAAAACGGUUCAAAUACAUGACGUAAAAGUGAAACCGGAAGAUGUAACAUUGACACCAGAUCCAAAUUGGAAUCAUGCAUCGAUCAGCAGUCGCAUGACUGUAGAUGAACACAAAACUAGUACAUUCGAUGAAAUCUCGCUCCGAGUCGAUUUACAAAAGGGCUUAGGCAUAUCCGUCGUAACACGUCAACCAGGCGAAGAAUUGGCUUUCAUUACCUUAGAAUCGAUUGUAUUAGAUGUGCAUUCAACACGUUUUAUUAAAUCAUUGGAAUUCAAAGUGGCUGAUCUACAAAUCGACAAUCAAUUAUUGGAUACCUCGUGCCCGAUCUUGUUGCACACCGUACGCACGACGAGCGACGAUGAUUUACCCACUAGUGCUUUGAUUUUGAAGGCGAAACUCUUGCCGAGUCCCAAUAAAAAUGCGAUAAUUUUUGAAUAUUUAACAUUUGAUAUAAAACCUUGUGUUUUGAUACUGGAGGAACGUUUGAUCUUAAAGACGGCCUACUUUUUUGGCGUCGGUAAAAUGGAUAAUUACAAAGCGAACAAAGAAUAUGAUCAUGGCCAACAAAACAUCGAAGAACUAUCGCUAUCAACGAAUCCACGACGAUUCUACUUUGAGUCACUUAAUAUUGGAUCUAGUCAGGUACGCGUUUCCGUCUUCACAGCGCCGAAGCUAUCACCAGAACUAUUCGAAACGAAAAAGGCGCUUGGCCUGACUUUGGUAAAGUUCGAGGAUGCACUCAUAGAAUUCGACACAUUUUCCGAUAAACAUCAUUUUGAGCCAUUAGAGGUGUAUUUAAAAGCAAUCAAAGGUCAUUUCAUUAGCCAAAUCAAAAGACAUGCUGCUUCGAUAUUGGGCAGUGUCGACUUUCUUGGUAAUCCACUUGGUUUUGCCAAUGAUCUUUCAGAAGGCGUAUCCGGUCUAAUAUUUGAGGGUUCUGUAAAGAGUCUGGUGAAAAAUGUUACACAUGGCAUUUCUAAUUCUACGGCCAAACUAACUGAAACACUGUCCGACAGUUUGGGACGCGUUGUGCUCGACGAUCAUGACAACGAAACACGUCAGCGUAUACUUGAAAUACAAUCGAACACCUCAGGUAAUCAUUUGGCAGCGGGGCUCAAGGGUCUCGGUUUCGGUUUGCUGGGUGGUGUAACAAGUAUUGUGCGUCACACCUAUACGGGCGUACAAUCAGAUGGUUUCCCCGGCCUGUUGAGUGGUUUGGGUAGAGGACUUGUGGGUACAGUAACCAAACCGAUCAUUGGUGUACUAGAUUUGGCAUCGGAAACGGCAAGCGCAGUACGCGAGACGAGCAAAACUUCUGGACGCAUGCUGCCCGAUCGCAAACGUUUGCCACGCUGUGUUACUGGUGCGCCCGGUGGUCUGCUACCAGCUUACUCUUAUCGACAGGCGAAGGGUCAGCAAUAUUUGUAUAUAAUAAAUCGGCGAAAUUUCACCGAGAAACUCAUGUCUUAUGAACCAAAUUUGUGCAAUGAUAAGGACGCCAAGCUGCGUCUGUUGGUUACCACCGAAUUCAUACGUAUAUUUUCACGUUGCGAAGAGGAUCCUGCAAUUAUGUUCGAGUGUCAUUUGAGUGAAGUGCUUUCCUGCCAUCCGCUGACAACGAAUGUAGUGAAUUCCGGCGCACCGAGCGGUAGCAAGCAUAUGCCAAGCUAUUACAUUGAAAUAUCCACCAAUCUACCAAAGAUCACAAGGCCGCGUGUGAAAUGUCAGACCGAGGAAGUGGCGGAGCGCGCAGCACGUUGUAUUAACUAUGCUAAGAGUGUCUUCGAUGAGCGCGAACAAUCUGUGGCAAACGAAUAACGGCGGUUCACCACGGCUAGAGCAUAAACAAUGAGUACACAGUGCAUGUAGUUGUAGUUCAUAAGCGUUGAGAUUACUAUAUUGAUUAAUUGUAUGUAUAUAUAUAUAUGUAUAUGUAUGCAUGUAAUGCAUGUAUGUAACGUGUAAUUUUUAUUAAUGUAAAAGUAUUUAUUUAAGUAUAGUAAAUAAUGUACGAAGGGCUUUAUAAAAUAAAUUCGACAGCAAAAAAAUAA